AUGGCUGUGAGCAGGGAAGAAAUGGAAGACUUGUGCGGCAUUGUGACAGCCCCGUCUAGAUUGGCUAACGGUACUCCCAAAGGUGCUGACACAAAGCACGGGGGCCAAGACACCUGUCCUCCGCAAAACGGUCUGAAACCUCCGCAACGAUUUUCAUUCAGCGCGGAACCGACCAUGGAAGAUAUCCGACGGCUGCAGGCGGAGUUUACGGAUGAAAGGGGCUGGAACCAGUUCCACCAGCCCAGGAACUUGCUGCUAGCCAUGGUGGGAGAGGUCGGAGAGGUGUCCGAGUUGUUCCAGUGGAGAGGGGAGGUGGCGGAGGGUCUUCCUGACUGGACUGAGACAGAGCGCGAACACCUGUCCCAUGAACUUAGUGAUGUGUUGAUUUACCUGCUGGAGCUGGCGGAGAAAUGCCACGUUGACCUCCCGCAAGCGGUACUGAAGAAAAUGGCCCUUAACCGACUCAAGUACCCGGCCAGCAAAGUGCACGGUUCGGCGAAGAAAUACACGGAGUACCAAGACUGAAAUACCCAGCAAACGGCCCGCGCUGGAUAUAUUUUUAUUAUUAGCCAAAGACACGGUUUCUCUGUUCUAAGGUUUGAUUCUCUAGCUGACGUUAGUGAUAUAUGCGAAAUGUACAUGACUUCAUCGCGCCACUUUAACAAGCGACACAACCACCAUUUAGUUUUUAAUUUUAAUGUAAUUUGAUUUUCAACAGGAGUGCACUUAUAGCUAGCCCAAUAUUUUUUUCCCGAGCUGUGUUGGUAAUGCUCGAAGCUGGUUUGUUUUUAUUUUUUAAUUUAAAGCCGUUUUUAACAGAUGAGUCAGUUCUAUCUACUUGACAAGAUUUUAGGCUAUAUGGUUUAGCACACCAGUUGACGGAAUGUACAGUCAGAAUGGAUUUCGAUUAAUCGAUUAAUUUUCAAAGCCAUCCGUUUCCUUGAUCUAGCUUGUAAUACUUCCAGUCAGAAUUUGUUACACAGCAUAAAACAGUUAACUAACUUGUUUGUCCCCCCCCCCCCCCCCCCCCCGCCUUUUGCGGCUGUACAAGAACAUAAACCAUGUUUUUUAAAAGUU